AUUAUUCACAAGAACAAAAAAAAAAAAGAGAAAGAGAAUCAGAAGAAACUCACCAACAAGGAACAGUGUGUGAAAAGGUUCGGUUUUUAGGUUUUUCGAUCUGAAAUAUCAACAAGAAAAAGGCGUUUGUUAACGCUUUGAUUUAUGUCGGCUGGGUUUGAAUCGACUGUGAUUUUGUCUUUGAUUCAUAUCUCUUCUCCGAUUUCAUCAUCAUCAUCUUCUCCAUCAUCGUCUUUGAAAGCUGGUCUUCUCAACGCUCUUCACUUCUGCUUUAAUAAGCAGAGGCUUGUUCUUGAGACUCCUUCUCUUUCCAUGCGCUUAAGACCCAAAAGGACUUGUUCUAGUGUUGAAGAGUGGGGUUUAGCAACAAUGGUUGAGGUUAGAAAAGAACAGUCUUUGAGUGGUACUAGUAACGAGAUUAAGAAGAGAGCUAAGAGAAACUCUGUAUCAUCGUCCCUUCCUCAAGAAACCCAACCUUUGAGAAAAGUCCGUAUUAUUGUGAAUGAUCCUUAUGCUACUGAUGAUUCCUCUAGUGAUGAGGAAGAGCUUAAGGUUUCUAAGGUUCGGAAAAUGAAACGUAUCGUUCGUGAGAUUAACUUUCCGUCUAUGGAAGUUUCUGAGCAGCCUUCUGAGAGUUCUUCUCAGGACAGUACUAAAACUGUUAGUAAGAAAGCUGUGUCUGCUUCUCCUGCUUGUCCUGGGUUGUUGACUAAGAAGCCUGUUGGUGUUAGGCAAAGGAAAUGGGGGAAAUGGGCUGCUGAGAUUAGACAUCCUAUUAAGAAAACUAGGACUUGGUUGGGUACUUUUGAUACUCUUGAAGAAGCUGCUAAAGCUUAUGAUGCUAAGAAGAUUGAGUUUGAUGCACUUGUUGCUUCUUCUCUCUCUGGAAAUGUGUCGACUAAAACUGUUGUUUCUUCAUCUGAGACUAGUCAAUGCUCUCGUUCUUCACCUGUUGUUCCUGUUGAGCAAGAUGACACUUCAGCUUCAGCUCUUACUUGUGUCAACCCUGAUGAUGUCUCCGUUGCUCCAACUCCUAAUGCUCCUGCUGGUGGAAACAAGGAAGUGAUGUUCGAUUUCGACUUUACUGAUCUACAAAUCCCUGAUCUUGGUUUCUUUGCAGAGGAGCAACAUGACCUAGACUUCGAUUGUUUCCUCUCUGAUGAUCAGUUUGAUGAUUUUGGCUUACUUGAUGACAUUCAAGGAUUCGAAGACAAUGGUCCAAGCGAGUUACCGGAUUUCGACUUUGCGGAUGUUGAAGAGCUCCAACUAGCUGACUCUAGUUUCGGUUUCCUUGAUCAACUUGCCCCUCUCAACAUCUCUUGCCCAUUAAAAAGUUUUGCAGCUUCAUAGGAUUUUCCUUAAUGUUAAAGUGAGAAGAGUGUUUUUUACUUCGUUUAUGUUAUAGUGUAUUCAAGACAUACAAAAGUGUGUUCCGGAGUAGCAAGUUCUUAAGACAUAAAGCCGGGUUUUGCAAUUAGGAGUUGAGUUUUUAUCAAGUUUUAGCUUAUGUUGAAUGAUGUUUUACUGAUUCUGGUUUCUUUCAACUUUGGUUUUUUUCUGUGCGCUUUAAGAGCCGUCCAAAGUGAAAGAGCUUGAUGAUGAAUCCAUCCAUCGUCAGUUUUAUUACAUCAUUCUCCACUUUCAUCUUUUGUUAAUGUUAAAACAAGAUAUUAAUGGAAGAAGUUUUUUAAUUUAUAAAUUUUGAUGUGUUUU